AUGGCUCGCUCAAAUGGAUUCUCUACGCCUGCACGAACGGUUCGAGAAGGUACAGGUGCUUUCCGCGUAGACUUCCCCCUUCCGCGGUGGCUGCAUUCACCAGCGAACCGAGCCGUUCACUCGCUUAGACGAGAAGUACACCGUUGCUUGCUCUUCCCAUGCCAGGUCGCGCGGUCCUGUGGCAUUCGACGAACUAUAUACUGCGCAAUGGGAGCUACUUUCGAGAUGCACCGUUCCGCGUAUCUGACGUUUCAUCUUCUUUCUUCGCUGCAGGCCUCAAUGACCUCGACGACAAGCGCAUCAAAUCGAUUCGACCCCUGAUCCCGCCUCAAAUCCUGAUGGAGGACUACCCCUUGACCAUGAAAGGUCUGUCUUCCGCAUCUCAAGUCUCUAUCCUUCUGUGUAGUCCAAACAUACGGGAUGUGCCGCCAUCCCCCCCCCCCCCCCCCCCCCCCCCUCGAUCUGCGAGAUACUCUGAUGACUAACACGCACGAAACUCGGUCUUAUCACAGCUGCUGCUACCGUUCUUGAAGGCCGUAAAGGGUGCGAGGAGAUUGUUGCCGGCCAUGACGAUCGCCUCUUGGUCGUGAGUCUCGACGAGCGAAGCGAGUAGUCGAGCGUUCGGUGUCUUAGCCCCUGACCCAAUUUUUUGGCUCCUCUCUCUCCCGCUAGGUCGUCGGACCCUGCUCUGUCCAUGAUGUUCAAGCUGCUCUCGAAUACGCCAAGCUUCUUAAAGCCUACGCCGAUGAAGCUGCAGAGGAUUUGCUCAUUCUCAUGCGCGUCUACUUUGAAAAGGUACGCUCUUCAAGAUGUCAGCGGCAUGUCGCCGAUCUUCUACGCUGACCACCCUCUUGAUCUACCGUGGUCCACAUAGCCUCGAACGACCGUCGGAUGGAAAGGACUGAUCAACGACCCUCAACUCAAUGGCUCGUUCCAAAUCAACAAGGGUCUCCGACUCGCGCGUGGCCUCUUGCUCGGGAUCGUAAGCGGCGGCGACCGGCCAAGUCUUCAUGCUUGACAGUUCACUUACUGUCUCUUUCCCCCAUCCCGUAGGCCGAAAUGGGCCUCCCCGCCGGGUGCGAAUUCUUGGAUACCAUCUCGCCGCAGUACACUGGAGAUCUCGUCUCUUGGGGUGCUAUUGGCGCGCGAAGUCAGUCUCCCCAGGUGGAGAACUCAGGGCGGAAAAGCCCGUACUGACAACGGUGCUCCUUGACACAACAGCAACCGAGUCGCAGGUUCACCGAGAGCUGGGUCCGUGCUUUAAACUUCAUCUGAUUGCAAAUUGGCACAGCUGACCAAACUCGGCCUUUUUCCACCUUUACAGCCUCCGGUCUUUCGGUCCCAAGUGAGUGCGGCUGGCCAGAGCUCAUAUCAUGUUCAGAUCCCUUGCUCAACAUUCAUCUUGCACACUGCAGUUGGUUUCAAGAACGGCACUGAUGGCUCCUUGCAAAUCGCCAUCGACGCGAUUGGAUCCGCCGCCUCGUCGCACAGCUUCCUGUCCGUCACCAAGCAGGGCAUUUCUGCAAGUACGUGCAGACACAGGCUUCAACCGCCCUGCAAAAUAAGGUUGACGUAUAGUGUUUGUCUCCCCCAGUCGUUGAGACCGAUGGCAACCCGUCGUGCCACGUCAUUCUCCGAGGCGCCAACUCCGGCCCCAACUUCUCCGCUGACCACGUCGAGAAGUGCGCUGCUUCAUUGGCCAAGGCUAAGUUGGCCCCUCGUGUCAUGAUCGACUGGUAAGUCCAGUAGAAACUCCAGUAGAAGGUAUCACACUGCAUCCCUAGCUGGUGCUCACGCAUAUCCAUCUCAUCGCGACUGCAGCUCGCAUGGCAACUCUGAAAAGAAGCACGAACGCCAAGUGAUCGUGGCCGACUCCAUCGCCGAACAACUCGGGAACAGCCGAACAGCAUCCAACAUCAUCGGCGUCAUGAUCGAAUCGCACCUCGUCGCUGGCAAACAAUCGAUCCCCGCCGAAGGGCCGGUCGGGCUCACCUACGGGCAAUCGGUCACGGACGCGUGCAUCGAUUGGCAAACGACCGUUCAGGUCUUGGAUACGUUGAGGAAGGGUGUGCAGCAGAGGAGAACGGUCGUGGGCUCGCGUCAGGGCCUGAACAGGGCUUUGAACGUGCUCAAGGAGAGGGACGCGAGUCUCGAGGGAGGAAAGGCCGAGUUCAACGACCCGAACCAGUUCGCUUCGAGGGCUUGA